UGACAUCGACGGCGGAUGAAAUCAGAAACAGUGACGGGCACAGAGGGGUCUCGGCAUCCUGCAGGUGAAUGCCCGGACGCCUGUAGACGGAGAACUCUCAGAGGCGCAGCUGAGCCACCGGCACGAGCGCUCUGCAGCUCCUGGACCCGCUCAGGCUCCAUCCUUUAGGUUUAUUUAAGUUAGUCUGUUGUUAUUUAAACGCCAGCAGAAAUGGCACCCAGCUUGUCCACGGCCUUUUCCCGCCGCUGGUGGAUGGCCGUUACAGCCGUCAUCGAGAACCUGCUUUUCUCCGCCGUGCUGCUUGGGUGGUCAUCCCUACUCAUCAUGCUGAAGUCCGAGGGCUUCUACUCCUAUCUGUGCAGAGGACCAGAAAACAGCUCCAGCCUCAACGUCUCCAACUCCUCCGCCGUGGAGACCGGCGAUGAUGGUGAGGAGUUCCUGCUCAUGAACAACUGGCCCAUCUGCAAGGAUCAGGAUGAGAUGCUGAACCUGGCCUUCACGGUGGGCUCCUUCCUGCUGUCAGCCAUAACUCUGCCGCUUGGCAUUGUCAUGGAUAAGUACGGGCCACGAAAGUUACGACUUCUCGGAAGUGCCUGCUUCGCCUUCUCCUGUCUCCUCAUCGCCUACGGUGCCAGCGAUCCCAACAAUCUGUCCAUCCUGAUCUUCUUUGCACUGGCGUUGAACGGAUUUGGAGGCAUGUGCAUGACCUUCACCUCGCUGACGCUCCCCAACAUGUUUGGAGACCUGAGGUCAACCUUCAUAGCUUUGAUGAUUGGAUCAUAUGCCUCCUCUGCUGUCACCUUUCCUGGCAUUAAGGUGAUCUACGACCUGGGUGCCACCUUUAUCUCCAUCCUGCUGGUUUGGGCCAGCUGUGCCUGCCUGGUCUUCUUGAACUGCUUUCUCAACUGGCCUCUGGAGCCCUUCCCAGGCCCAGAGGACAUGGAUUUCACGGUGAAGAUCAAGUUCAGCUGGCUGGGCUUUGACCACAAGAUCACUGGGAAGCAGUUUUACCGGCAGGUGACCACAGUCGGCCGGCGUCUCAGCGUGGGCCACUCCAUGAAGCAGCAGACCCCGGCUCCUUCAGAUCUCGCCACACAGGACGGGAAUAAGCUGUGCCUGUCCACUGUGGACCUGGAGGUGAAGUGUCCGGGCCAGGAAGAGACUCCGUCCUUCAUGAAGAGUAUCUUUAGCCCCAUCUUCCUGCUGAGCCUCAUCACCAUGUGCGUCACUCAGCUGCGGCUCAUCUUCUACAUGGGGGCCAUAAACACCAUCCUGGAGGCGCUCACAGACUCAGACCUAAACACAGGGGAGAGGAUGCAAGUGGUGAGCGUCUACACCUCCAUCUUUGGCGUGCUCCAGCUUCUGUGUCUUAUCACCUCCCCUGUCAUUGGUUACGUCAUGGAUUGGAAACUCAAAGAGUGCGAGGAUGAGAACGACAAGAGCACUAAAAGGGAACCUGGGCAGCCGCGUCGUCCAGACAAACGGAUUCAGAAGAUCACCAAUGCCACCAGAGCCUUCAUCUUCACCAAUCUGCUACUGGUGGGCUUUGGAGUCACCUGCUGUAUUCCCAACCUGUCCCUCCAGAUACUGUCUUUCGUCCUCCACACUAUUGUCAGAGGCUUCAUCCAUUCUGCUGUUGGAGGCCUGUAUGCUGCAGUGUACCCCUCCUCUCAGUUCGGCAGCCUGACGGGGAUGCAGUCUCUGAUCAGCGCCCUGUUUGCCCUUCUGCAGCAGCCCCUCUUCAUGGCCAUGGUGGGGCCUUUGGAUGGAGACCCUCUUUGGGUGAAUAUUGGGCUGCUGGUUCUGAGCAUGCUGGGAUUCUGCCUGCCCUUCUACCUGCUGCUCCACAGUCGCCGCCUUCAGCGCCUCCGAGACGAGCAAGAUGAAGACCCCAAAAUAUAUGUGAAGAUGAACAACGGCGGCGCUCCCGAGGAAUGCGUGUAGACAGGGAGGCUCAGGCGCCAAACAAAGGAGGGAGGAGAACACGCGUGUGAGGAGCUCCACAGCUGCAGUAUCUCAGAGACUGACAAACCUCAUGUUUACCGCAAACAACACACACAAGCACAUCCCUGCUUAUUCCACAUGAGCACUCACACCUGGUUUGUUCGUCCCUGAAGAAGCCCAAACGGGAGCUUCGGAGAAGCACAGAGACUUCUCCUCAAACGACUCCUCUGUUUACUCCUGCUGUUCUGAUUGCCCGUCACUCGUGUGGUCUGCUGGUUCAGCUACACCUGUCACACUUCAGCACGGCAGGGGGAUGACGAAGAUGCCCCUCGCUGAAGAUGAGGACAAUCUGAAAACAGAAAACUCUCACCUGUUCAGAGCUGGUUUGGUGUCAACAUUUCGGACUCCAGGAGCCACAUUAAGUAUUGUUAUCCAUCUUUGUUUGAGGUGCCACUCCACUGACGACCUGUCAGCUCUCCGUUAUGGUAUGGACUUUCCCUGGGAGGAAAACGCGCAUGCACACGUUGAAGCAGCACUCUACACCUCUCUAAUGCUCAUGGCUGUGUGAUCUUCAGAGACACAUACCAUGUCCACCAGAAAAAAGCUGGCUGCAUCUCUGCCAGAGCUUCGUGAAAGAACGACAACCCGCAUCUCCUCUGCUUUCAGUUUGUUCUUUCAUUUCAGUGGUUUGACCGUUUCUACUGCAUCAUUAUUAGCAAUAAACGCACACACUAUAGAUACAUUCAAAGCAAAACAAGCACAUUUUGAUGACCUCUCCUGAAUUUUUUUACGGUGCUAGUUACUUUUAGAAAUGUGUGGUUUCUUCUUUGAGCUGGGAUGGAGGCCGUGCAAACCAGCAAAUUUCCAUUAAAUUACAAAGGUGGAUUCCAAAGAACUGCUCAGUUUAGGGUUUGUGAUACUUUUUUUUGUUUGUCUUUUUCAAUCAAUUUGUGUUUAUUGUGUACAGUAUCUAAAUGCAGCCACAGCACAGUCACUCUGGGAAACUUGAAUACACUUCUUCAGGACAAAGAUGGUGAAGAUGUAUUCAUACAAAGCUAAGCAUGACAGAACUACUAUCUAGUUGCAUUUACAGAAACCUGGAAUCUGUCCACAGAAAGAGAUGAUUUUCAGUCUGUUGCCUUUGAAUGCUCACAUAGAAGCACCUCAGAUCUUUUCUUGCUUGACAAGCCCUCUAAAGAUGGUCACCUGGCGUGAAGUACGUCCAGAUGAAACGCCUCACCCGAGCUUAGUGUUUGAUCGUUUUCCCCUUGAAAUGAUCAGAGGUGACAAAUUUAUGGACAAACCUGUGCUGCCCCCUCAUGACCCCAGCAAAGGUCUUAAGAGAGACGUGAAUGGCGCACGAUGCACUUUAGAAAUGGACCUCAGUCAUGUAUUUGUAAACAGCAGCCCCCCCCCAGGACUCCCCUACCAGAAAUGUGCUUUGUCGCCUUUAGUUGGAGAUUCAGAAUGUAGGAACAGAAAGGUAUACAUCUGAAAUACUUGGGAAAAUGUUAUGUUGUGGAUUCUAUGUGCAUAAAAAAAAAUGUAUUUCUUCUUUCAGUUUGACUUGCCACUUUAGAUUCCAACAGUUACUUCUUUUCUUUUCAUUGAUUAAAAAUAAUAGAGAAAUCACUAAAUAAUUGGUUUGAUGACAAAUGGGAAGAGAGAAAAGAAAAAUCGAAUAUUUUAAAUUAUUUUUCUGUUAUUAUCUUGGGAAGGGUGAGCCCUGAUGACUCAGAACUGCAACUUUGCACCUUUUUCAAAAGCCCAGUAAGACACCCUUCCUGUCAGGAGAUUUAUAGUACCGUAGUAAAAUGUCGCAUUGUUUCAUGUCAUAUGCGAGACCGAAGGCUGGUGGAAGGAGUGAGGAGUCCUGGAAGACAGGGAAACCCUCCUGCCAUGCGUCUGAUUACCAGCUGUGGUUCAGCGACAAUUUAAAAAGAAAAUCUGAUGUGACCUGAAAGAAAGGCUUUUUUUUGCUUUGCCAAGUGUGUUUGGUUAUUUUCCAUUUACUGUGCAUUGAUAUGGUUUUUAUUGUCUUUUUGGUUUUCAUUUUACUUCUCUCUAUUCUUUUUAUAUGAAUGUGUGUUUUAAUGAUUUGAUGUCUGAUAUAUCUGGGUUUUAGACUGUACUGUAAUAUAACCAGGAUGUUUACAGAACAUGCUGUUUAGGGGAAAAAAAGGCUGAGUCCAAUAAAAAAGAACGUAAUCACCAGAA